CUCCCCUCGCACCUCCCCGUACGCAUCACGGAUCGAGAGAAGAACAGCUAGAGGAGAGAGGCAUACGCCGCUAAGAAGCAGGCGCGGGUUUCUUGGCAAUUCAUGUGACGCAACACGAUCGAGCAUGGCGAGCGGCGGCGCGGGCUACUACUACGGCGACCGCUACGGCGCAUACGGCAACGGCUACCCAUUCUCGCGGCAGCAGCCGGCGUCGUCCGCCUCAACAUCGCUCCACCUCUGCCUGUUCCUGGCCACGGCUUCGCUCCUCGGCGCCGCGUCCCUCUACUCCCACUGCGAGUCGGCGUUGGAGGGCCUGUUCGACCAGUUCCGGUUCGCCGUCGUCCUCUCACCGCUCCUCCUCCUGCUCGCGGUGCAGUACUGGACCGCCUCGGGGCGGAGCUGGCGGUCCUCGUCCUCGUCUUCGCUGCUCGUGUCGCCCAUGGUGGUGUCGGGGGAGCACCCGCCGUGGUACGAGCAGCAGCGGCGGGACAGUGGCGCUGGUUCGUCGCCGUGGGGCGUGGCGCUCGCGCUCGCGCUCGUGCUGCUGCUCGUGUCCUACCAGUCGUGCUUCCAGGACUUGUGGUUCCCGGCCGUCAGCCGUCGCUACCGCCGCUGAGCUCCGUCGGAUCGGAUCGUUGCUAAUGGAGGCGAAUAUCAUUAGCAUAGCGCAGGGUUUUGUUGCACGUCUUAGGCCUUCAGUAAUAUUUGAUGUAACUGCUGUUAGCUGCUGUGAUAUAAAUAAAGAACAGCCCUCUUGCAUUUUGCAUCAA